AUGGCCAACGAAGCAUUCACCAUUUCACGCGACAAGCUCACAGGGCCGCGGGACAGCACCGUCCUCGUCACUGGGGGCAGUUCGGGCAUCGGCCUACAAACGGUAAUACUGCUCCACGAGCUCGGGAACAAUGUCAUCGUGGUGGACAGGGCACGACCCUCCCCUUCAGCGCCCACGUCGCUGACCUCGUCGCCCCGCUUUCUGUACCACCAAUGUGAUAUCACGUCGUGGAAACAGCAGCGCGCAGCCUUUGAGGCCGGGGUCCAGAAGUUCGGGGCGAUCGACUGCGUCUUCGUCAACGCCGGGAUUGCCGAAUACAAGGACCAGUUCUUCAAGGACGAGCUGGACGCGGAUGGGUUGCUAAAGGAGCCGGAUCGACGGACGGUCGACAUCGACAUGCAUGCGGCGAACGACACGGCCAAGCUUGCCAUCCACUAUAUCAGGAAGAAGGGACCGGAGAAGAAACGCGGUGGCAGCAUCGUCAUGACGGCCAGUCUGGCGGGAUAUUUGGCUAGUGCUGGGGCUCCGUUGUAUUCGGCGGCCAAACAUGGAAUCGUGGGCCUCAUGAGAGCACUGAAGAACGAUACCGCCACGCUGGGCAUUGCUGUGUCGGUCGUGGCGCCGGGCAUCACUCUGACGGACAUCAUCUCAGGGCGUAAACCGGGCGAAUCGCUCUCAGACUGGGCGCAGCGGAUGAGGGCAGUGGGUGUUCCCAUCAAUGAUCCCCAAGAGAUUGCAAACGCUGUGGUGUACCUGAUGAGCUUGGGGAUGGAGGGGAACGGGAAGGGCUUGCUCAUUCAGGCUGGACGGGUCGCGGAUCUGGAAAAAGGGAUUGCGACAUCCAGGAAGAUCUGGAUGGGGCCCGAAAUGUUGGAACUGUUCCGCGGCGGGCGCAACGCGCCAUUGUUCCCGAACAAGCUGUGA